CUUUUCAAGAUGGCGACCCCCUAUGUCACAGAUGAAUCUGGGAAGUAUAUCGCUGCUACACAGCGACCUGAUGGUACCUGGCGGAAGCCGCGGCGAGUCAAGGAUGGUUAUGUGCCCCAAGAAGAGGUGCCUGUCUAUGAGAACAAGUAUGUAAAGUUCUUCAAAAGCAAGCCUGACCUGCCGCCGGGCAUGAACCCCGAGGACGCGGCGCAGGCGCGGCAGCAGCAGCAGCAGGGGGCGCAGGCGGGCGGCGGCGAGAGGGAGGGCGAGACGGCGGGCCUGUCCAAGACCGCCAAGCGCAACAUGAAGCGUAAGGAGAAGCGCAAGCAGCAGCAGCACCAGCAAGGGCAGGAUGGCGCCAUGGCCGCCGAGGACGGAGUGGAGGCGCUCAGCGCCGCCGUGGCCAAGGUGGAGGUCGGGGAUGGCGGCAAGGCCAGCGAGGAGCAGCAGGGUGGCGCUCCGCUCCCGGCGGAGCCCCCGACCGCCGCGGCGGACAAGGCCAAGAAGAUCAAAAACCUCAGGAAGAAGCUGCGGCAGGUGGAGGAGCUGCAGCAGAAACUGGACUCUGGGGAAAUCAAGCAGCCAACCAAGGAGCAGCUGGAGAAACUCGGGCGGGGCAAGGCCCUGCAGGAAGAGCUGCGGGAGCUGGAGCAGGAUUCAUAGACGCAGGCUGUCCGUCAAAAGGGAAAGCUGGGGAAAUGGCGUUAAAGGCACCGUCAAGAAAAUAUCCAACCGUACACAAAACAAACAAACAAAAAAAAAAACAACACAACUUUGACACGGACAGCUAUGUCAGGAGACCAACCCACAUUGGACGUUUGCACAGCUUUGGUGUUCUCAUUCAAACAGCACCAACAACGACAUGGGAUUCAAACUGAACGUGAACCGUAGCAGUUCAAACACACUGUUCAAACCUACUCUUCGUGCUACACUUUUUUCACAAUGAAACCCAAACUGGACUGGGCUUUUGUCAUGUGAGAUGAGCCACUUAUACCAGUGGUUAAAAUAUCUAAGAAACCUCUAAUCCCUAGUAUGAAAUAGCUUCAGGCUCUGAACCGUCUGUUGUUUCAUAGCUGCUCAACCCCCUUUUUCAAGACCGUCAUUUGCUGUUGUGAAUUUUUUUUUUACCUAAAAUAACUGUCAUAAACGCUGGUGAAAUCAAAGAGUAUGCUGUAGAGUUAACAAGGCUUAUGCUUGUGACUUCCAUCCUUGUACAUACAUUUAGCUGUUGUUAAAGUAAUACCUAUUGGAUAUUGCUGUGUGUAAACCCAGAGAUCAGCUCAAUACAUCCAUGACCAGGUGGAAAUUAUGGUAGUAUCCUAAUAUAUGAAAUUUACAUAACGGUGGUAUCAGUUAUCCUCUGCUGCAGGUCUAAAAUUACAUGAUGUGAUGAACUGAUCGGUAAAAAUGGCAGUUCUGGGUACAGUAACUCUGUUGGAGGAAGCCUUCAAACAUUAAACCAGGGAAAUUAGUUAUUUUGCUUAAAAGAUCCAUCGUUUUUACUGCCUAGAGGUGAAUCAGCCAGUCUCUUUUCAAAAGUGAACAGGAAUGGAGAUUUUUAAUUCACAGUUGGUUUUACUACAUUAG